CCAUGGCCUAGACGGCGGGGUCUCCCCGAUGGAGGAAAAUCCUGCUCCUCCCCACAUCGAGCUUACCCCGAUUCCGGGGGACGAGGUGAGGCAGGAGCUUCGCAUAGCCAAACACAACUAUGCUAUGGAUGAGUACUCCCGGGGGCAUGCCGAAGUGGAGGCCCUUAGGAGGAUUCUGCGAGCUGAGGUUGAGGCGAGCAUCAACCACUCGGAAUACCAGGAUCCGUGGGACCUUAAUCUGGACCCCUUAUCGGACUGGUUCCGUCGCUUCCUAGGGCCUACCUUGGCUCCCUUUGCCGCGGAGAUGACCGGCGAGUUCGCUUCUCAGCUCACACGUUGCGCGCCCAAGCGGUUUGCCACUUGCGCUUCCCUGAACUCCAUCUUCCAGGUCCAGGACCUCAGCCAUUCUCUCACGGUGCUUGCUGCUGAGGCUGGCCGCCUCUCCAAGAACAUCAUAAACCAUGGCUUCACUCUGUCUGAUUUUGGAGACAUGAAUGACGUCAGGAAGUUGUCCUUGUAUCUCACCAAUUCAUUCCGAGAUCUGUGA